GCGUGUGACGUACUUAAUGGUCGGCUGGACGGCGCUUGGACGCACUCCGCCGUGGACGCGCAUUGCUGCAGCAUGACCCGCCUCGCCCUGGCCGCGGUCCUGGCCGUGGUGUCCGCGGCCACCGCCGCCCAGUACCAGUUCGACGACGAGUUUUACAACCGCCAGCUGCUGGAGCAAGUGGAUGACGUCCUACGACCCUGGAAGUACGAGAAAGACAGUGGCGCGGACCGUCGAGACCGACCGCGCUUUCGCCACAAGGGUGGAGUGCUGGUGGCGCGGUGGUACCCGACGCGGCGCGGCCGGGCCCCGCAGUUCCAGUGGGGCUGGGAGGUGCCGCCCGGAGUGAACCAGUCCGCCAAGACGUGGUGGCGGCCCUACUACCCGCAGUACUACCGCUACUGCUACUACGGCUACUGCCGCUACCGCCGGCGCGGCUACAGGGGGUACCGGCGCUACGGCGGCUACGGAGGCUACGGAGGCUACGGAGGCUACGGCGGCUACUACGGCAGGGGCUACCGACGAGGCUACGGCCGUCGACGUGGCUACGGCGGCGGCUACGGCGGUGGCUACGGCGGUGGCUACGGCGGCGGCUACGGCGGAUACUACUCCAGGGGCUACGACCGCAUGGUGCUGGACCCCGAGAGCGCCCCCACGGCCACGCCGGACUCCUCGACGGCGACCUCGAUGGCGACCUCGCCGACAACGAUGCCGCCGACGGGCGUCCCCGACGACGACGCGGAGGAGGUGGACAUAAGCAACGGCAUCUCCAAGCUGCCCGUGGCCUCCGAAGAGCAGCUGGACGGCGUGGACGAGGACCCCGGAUACAUGCCCUUCCAGGAACAGGUUUGCUGUGGUCGCUACGAAGAAGCCGUCUUGCUGAAGCAGGAUGCACUCCGGGAAUUCUGCUACAACCGCGUGUUCAACACGAGUGAUACAGAGUCCGGACUGAGUCUGAACCAUUUCAGCUGUGACAGUGCCCAAGACUUACAACAUAAAAUUUUGUGCGUGCAUCAGUGUCUGUGGAGGGCCCGGCAAGUGGUGGACACCGACGGAAACAUUUCGACUGCUAGACUGCGAGAGUUCUACCGCACUUCAGAAUCGCUGGAAUGGAGGGCGGACCUUUACGACAGAGCCGUCACAAAGUGCUCGGAAACACUUGCGGUUGAACGGAGUUCAUCUGAAGCGGUGUCCUGUCCUGACCAGUACCUCGACAUGAGCUAUUGCUUGUGGGCAGAACUCCAGGCAAAUUGCCCCGAAAAGGAAUGGAAUAUCAAGAGCGAAUAUUGCACCACGCUUCGCAACUACGUCCGAGAGCGACGCGCGGGCCAGUGAGCAGUUGUUUACGUCUCUGUUCGGGACCAACGACAUGUGCGUGAUAAUUUUUUUACGAGUUUAAAACAGUUUAUAAAUA